UCCGCCCUUCGCAGACUGCUCCGCAGCUCCGGCAGCAGGGGCCGCUGUGAGAACCGCGCUCGCACUGCCCGCCGCCGCCCUCGGCUCCCGCGCGCGCUGCUCGCCUCCCGGCGCGAUCUUAAGCUCAUUUCUGCACUGUUUUACUGAAAAACCCAUUAAAAGAGCCAGUGAAUCUUGUAGAAAAUGGCGUUCAGCGAUCUUACAUCGAGGACUGUGCGUUUUUAUGAUAAUUGGAUCAAAGAUGCUGAUCCAAGAGUUGAAAACUGGCUCCUCAUGUCCUCGCCUCUGCCACAAACCAUCAUCCUGGGGCUCUACGUCUAUUUUGUUACAUCUCUGGGACCAAAGCUCAUGGAGAACCGGAAGCCCUUUGAACUCAAGAAAGCGAUGAUAACGUACAAUUUUUUCAUAGUACUGUUUUCUGUGUAUAUGUGCUAUGAGUUUGUGAUGUCUGGCUGGGGUACAGGUUAUUCAUUUCGAUGCGACAUUGUGGACUAUUCUCAGUCGCCAAGAGCAAUGAGGAUGGUACACACCUGCUGGCUUUAUUACUUCUCCAAAUUUAUCGAGCUGUUUGACACUAUAUUUUUUGUUCUGCGCAAGAAAAAUAGCCAAGUGACUUUCCUCCAUGUCUUCCAUCACACGAUCAUGCCAUGGACCUGGUGGUUUGGAGUCAAAUUUGCUGCAGGUGGUUUGGGGACAUUCCACGCCCUUUUAAACACAGCUGUGCACGUGGUCAUGUAUUUCUACUAUGGACUGUGUGCAAUGGGACCAGCCUACCAGAAGUAUUUAUGGUGGAAAAAGCAUCUGACCUCUUUGCAGCUCGUCCAGUUUGUUCUUGUCACUGUCCACAUAGGACAGAUCUUCUUCAUGGAAGACUGCAAUUACCAGUACCCAGUUUUCCUGUACAUCAUCAUGAGCUAUGGAUGCAUCUUCCUGCUACUCUUUCUCCACUUUUGGUACCGUGCUUACACCAAGGGUCAGAGGUUGCCCAAAACUAUAGAAAACGGGAAUUGCAAAAGCAAGCACCACUAAACCACAAACACAGCCUGGAUUUACAAUGGAGACUGCUAUCUUGCCUUCCUUGACAAUCAAGACAUACUUGCCUAUGCAGUGCAUUUUGUAUAUUUUUCAAAACCAAGAGCUUGUAUUUUUAUCAUAAGCUAUUUGGGUUUCUGAUCUCUGAGAGUCCAAAGCUCCCAGAUAAGUCUUCUCACUGGAAGAGCCUGGAACAGCCAGGAAGUUCCCUGUUGCCUUUCAAACCAAUCAGAGGUCUUAAUUCAUCUUGCUAACAGGGACAGGAGGAUAUGAAGUGAUAUAGUACUCUUCUAGGAACUCCAGAAAUGAUGAAAAAUACUAGCUAUUUUGAACAUGGACAGAGAUCCACAGAGUACAAUAGAUUCCUCCUGCCUGGUGUGGAAACUCCCGAUGCUGGGUUCUGUCUGUCACUCAUUCCUUAUACUCAGAAGAUAUUACAUUCAUUCUAAGGCUCAGUUCUAAAGUGCUAACACAGGUGAGGCCUAAGUGGAUUUUUGGUAAGCUCUCAUUUUAAAUUGUAAGUUUGGAUGGUCUUCUGGGUCGUUGCCACAAGAUCUGCCCACAAGACUUCCUCCGCACAUGUGUACAAGCAGUUAGAAGUGGUGAUGCUUUGGGAUCUUCACUGAUGCCUUUGACCCUAAGGUGAAGGAAACUUUAUGCAGCAAACAAGAUGAUUUGUCUCAACAGGUUAAUGAAUGCUUUGCUAAUGAUGAUUCUUCAAUUAAUUUUGUGCAUGUCUGAAAAAGGGGACGUGUCAAAAUAAAAAAAAAAAAGGAUGCUGUGGAAUUCAGUGGGGAAAGGUAUAAUCUGUUGUAAUAUAAUGCCACUCUCUGAUAUGUCAUGGUUUAAGGGAUUGUUUUGCCAAAGUAUGUAUUGGUUAGAUAUUAAGUGUUCAGAUGCUUUUGAAUCAUAUAUUAUUUUUUUGAAUAUCUACUAUACAAAGUGGCUAAUGAAGCAACUGGAAUUGGGUGGUGCACAGUAUGAGAGGCAAGAUUUGGUUACAUAAACAAGGGCUGUUAGGUCUCGAGAGAUAAAGACAUUACAUUAUGAUUGUACAUUAUAUAUAUUUAGUGUUGUGGAUACCCUGCAUGAAGAGCUCUUUUCCAGAAUCAUGAAUUAUCCAGGACUACCAUUUCUUCAGACCUAUAAGCCAUAUUGUGAAGGGCUGAAAUUCAUGUGGCAUUCCCCCCUCCUUUUAAAAAUGCUACUUUCUAGCAUUUCCCUCUUCUUGUGGGUGAACCAGAACAACUUAGUAAUACUUGGAUGCUUGUGAAACUGUCAAUGUUAUUUCCUUUUCCUCUUUGAAGAACUGUCUUCAGAAUCAGUACGGGUGGCCUUGGUCAUGUGUACCACUCAGUGUUGUCCAUUUUACAACUAAGCCCAAGUCCUCGUUGACUGUAAAUUCUUGAGUUUUGCCUCCUCUCUCCUGAUCCAUUACUCUGUCUCCACAUUCACUCGGUUUAUAAAGUUAUUUGCCAUUGAGUGGCCUUUAGUGAUUCCACUGGCUUACAUGAGAAGCAGAGGAUAAUAGGAAGCUUCUAUCAUACUUCGAAGGUCUCAGGGAUUCGUGUUUUCCUACUUUGACUCUGUGUGUCCAGCCUGGGUUAAGAUGGGACGGGAGGGUAGACACUGUCACAUACACAAGCAAUUCCCAAAGACUCAAGCAGGGCAAUGACCCAAAGGAAGC